AUGGCGAACAAGUGCAAGUUCCUCGCUGAACCCAUGACUGUCGCGGUCAUAGGCUGCCCCUUUAGUGGCGGCCAACCGCGCCCUGGCGUUGAUCAAGGUCCCAUCCACCUCGUCAACUCAGGACUACCUGAUCAACUUCAGGAGCUCGGGUGGAACGUCAUUUUCGACGGGCACCACCAGUUUGAGGACAUCACAGUACAGGAUGACCCCCCCAUUGGUAUCGUUAAGCGCCCGAGGCUUGUUUCAAGUGUCGCUGAGGCGAUAUCAAAGACCGUGAGUGGACACGCAAAGGCAGGUCAGCUUCCGUUGACGAUCGGAGGCGAUCAUAGCUUGGCGCUUGGCACAAUCUCUGGCACGCUGAGCAAGUAUCCCGAUGCCUGUGUCAUAUGGAUAGACGCGCAUGCGGACCUCAACACGGUCGAGACCACCCAUUCUGGGAAUUUGCAUGGCAUGCCUGUGUCAUUCCUUCUUAACCUUCCCGGUAAUGGCGACGAUCCUUUGUUCCCUUGGCUCAAUGGGCCCUUCCUCCCCCCGAAUCGACUAUGCUACAUCGGACUUCGAGAUGUUGACGCGGGGGAAAAGAAGAUUCUAAAGGAUUAUGCUGUAAAGGCAUUCAGCAUGCAUGCAGUUGACAAAUAUGGGAUAAGCAAGGUUAUUGAGAUGGCCCUGGACCACGUCUGUCCCAACCGAGAUCUUCCCAUCCACUUGAGUUUCGAUGUUGACGCCUUAGAUCCUACCGUUGCGCCCAGCACUGGAACGCCAGUUCGAGGUGGGCUAACAUUUCGUGAAGGUCAUUAUAUCUGUGAAGCUGUUUGGGAAACUGGUCUGCUUGUGGGGCUCGAUAUCAUGGAAGUGAAUCCCUCGCUGGAAGGCGCCUUGGCUGUUCAACAGACCGUAGCGGUAGGAUGCUCUCUGGCAAGAUCUGCGUUGGGUGAGUGA